AUGAAGGACGAGCAGAUUGUCGGCGCCGCCUUGGCUGGAGUUCUUCCCAAGACAGACAGAUACUGGUUCCAACAGCCGCAUUUGCUCAGGUUGAAUCUGCUACUUCUGAUCCCUCUACUGUCCUCUUCAGUUGCAGGUUACGAUGGCUCCUUGAUGAACGGCCUUCAAUCCCUUCAACAGUGGCGAGAAUACUUUGGACAUCCGGCCGGCGUAAGGUUGGGAGUUGUGAACGCAGCGCAAUCUAUUGGAUCUGUUCUAGCCCUACCUAUUGUGGGAUAUCUGGCGGAUCGCUUCGGCAGGAAGCCCGUUCUCCUGUCUGGCAUCAUUCUCAUCAUCAUCGCCACGAUAAUCCAGUCCACCUCGAUCAACCUACCGAUGUUCAUCAUCUCGCGGCUAGUUGUCGGCUUCGGUGGCAUGUUUGUCGUUCAUCCGAGUCCCAUGCUCAUUGCUGAAUUAGCUUGUAAGCACCCGGAACAAGAUGAGAUGAAAGACUUUUCACUGACGGACGACGAAAAGACCCGACACACCGUGGAAAAUACACAUCAGCUUAUUGGACUAUGUAUUAUCUUGGUACGUGCGAUCUUGGCUUCCUGGACAACUUUCGGCUGCCAAGAUUACCAAAGUGAGCGGGCAUGGCGGGUUCCCUCCAUUCUUCAAGCCGGCUUCCCACUGGUGCAGCUAUGCUUCUAUGCCUGGGUUCCAGAGUCACCCAGAUGGCUGGUAGCACGAGAAAGAACUACAGAAGCAGCUGCAAUUCUCGCAAAGUAUCAUUCAGGGAUUCAUGCCCCAUCUGGAGGCCAUACUCCUCUUGUCCGCCGUGAAGUGGCCGAAAUUGUCCAGACAAUCCAGCAAGAAACGUCUGCAGAGACGACGGGCUGGGUGGCGUUGGUAUCCACGCCUGGCAAUCGCAAGAGGACACUAAUUGCAGUUUGUGUGGGAGCGUUUGCACAGUGGGAUGGCAUUGGCGUAGUCUCGUACUAUCUCACACUUGUUCUCAACACCGUCGGUAUCACGGACACCUUUACACAAACCUUGAUCAACGGUCUUCUUCAGGUCUUCAAUUUCGCUGCCGCUUUAAGCGCUGCCUUCCUCGUCGACCGGCUUGGCCGUCGAACUCUAUUCCUUUGGUUAGGGGCAGGCAUGCUGGUGAGCUACUGUUAG